CACACGGUCUCCCACGCGCACACAUUCGCACACAGACAGACACACACGCAAUUGCGACACGAAAACACAUUCGCAGCCAUGCACACGAGAAACCCUGCAGGCAGAAACUCCCAACAAACAGAAGCUUGUCGUCGUCCGUGGAUUCCACACACAUGAAUAACAUAGGCAAGUAAGGUGUGCAUGGUAGGGCACAUGAUAUGCAGAUGCACUGAUAUAUAAGAGAUAGAUGCACACACACGAGAAUAAAGGUAGGUGGAUAAAGGAGGACUCACUCACCGAGGUCCUCUCAAUUGGCUGGCUGUAAAAAUGCCAUAUAUAUAUGAUGCACACGUACGUCUACACAGCCACUGACUUAACUGGGGGUCGGUGGGAGGGGUGGCGACACGCGCACACAACACCACACAACACAUUCAAAGAGGGAGGGAUACGGAAGGCGAGAAAAAUGAUGAAUGAUACACACACCGAUGGAUGCAUCACACACUCAGUCAGGACGGGAGGACUUUUCUCGCUCACGCGUGCCCUUCUCACUCACAGACAGACAGACACCAUCCCACCAUCCCACCAUUAUAAAGCACCCCAUCUACCAUGAAGCGCAACCGACGCCCCCGCUGUCUGUCAUGGUCAGCACCCCGCUGGCCGUCCUGCGGUGUCUCCUGACCACUUGUCGAUGUCCUCGUUGUGCCAUUUCUCUACCCACCUGUGCCCCCCGAUGCCGCCCACGCCCCAUCGGUCGCCCCAGUUGUUGCCCCACCGGUCGCCCUGCGCGUUGGAUGCCCACUUGGAGGUCCACUUCUCGCCUGCACAACCAGCCAGCAAGGGGACCAGACCACGUGUGUGGCGGUGUGUAUGGGUAUGGGUGUGGGUGUGGGUGUGGGUGUUGGUGUAGUUGUGUAGUUUAUCAGCUCCAUCGAGUGAGAUGUCUUCGCCCCACUCUUCCUCCCACUGGUCGCGCUGGCGCGGCGGCCCGUCUUCUUGGCGCGCUUCUUGUUCUCGUUCUCCUCCAGCCAGCUCUCCAGCCACGCAUCGCCCUGAGAUCAAACAAAGUGACAGACACAUAGGGCUCAUGGCUGAUGGCAGAUGGAUGGCGGGGUGAUAGGACUGACUGACCUGUGCGUUGUGUCCCUUCUUUUCUGCGAACUUGACGAGGCCCUUCUGCGUGAGCUGCUCGGACCACUGCUCCUCCCACGCGUCGCCGCGACUGAUGGAUGGAUGGAUGGAACGACGAACCAUAAAUCACAAGCAAGACAAGGCAGAAGCUGAGGUCGUGUGUGUGAGAUGACUUGACUUUGGCGGUUUAGGCAUUAGCAAGGACAAGGCGGGAGGGCGUGUGUGUGGGUCGUCGGGCUCCUGAUGGAAACCAUGUUAGGGUAGGCCUGGGAGAUGGCUUUGUAGGACACAUGGGGGUCUCUCCAGCUCACCCCUAGGCCUUCAUCAAUGGGUCACAAGCACUCUGCUAGGGCACCUCACAGGAUUGCCGAAUCGCUGAGAAUGGGCAGCAUCUUCCUGAAGACAGGCACACACAGACAGAGAGAGAUGUCAGCUGGGGGGCCUUCUGGCUGCUUCUCGCUUCGUGUGUGGCCUCUGUGUGUGUGAGCCUCUCUGGUGCUGUUGUGUUUUCGGAGAGAGCAUGUGCUA